AUGGAAAUGCGUAUCGCAGCCGAUGAGGACCUUAAGCUGACCGACACCCUGAUGUACUACACCAAUGCCUCGGCGGCUGUCAAAAGUCUCCUCUAUCGUCGCAGUCGAUCUCUCGCAGACUACCAGAACGUCAACAAGGCCCUGGACAAGGCGAGGGCCAAGCAGCGUGACAUCGCCAACGUGGAUGCCCACCAGGCGGAGACUCACAAGCAUUUCAUGGAAAUCUCCGAGUCCGAACGUCGAGGUGGGUGA